CUUCUUUAAAUUUCCUUCUAGGAUGUUCAACUCUUCUCCACGAUGAAUGAGUGUCACUAUGAGAAGCGGAUGGACUUUUUUUAUAACAGGAGUAACACUGAAACCGCUGAUGAGUGGACGGGGACAAAACUUUUGAUUGUCUUGUGUGUUGGGACAUUUUUCUGCCUGUUUAUAUUUUUUUCUAAUUCUCUGGUCAUUGCAGCCGUGAUCAAAAACAGAAAGUUCCACUUCCCCUUCUACUACCUGUUGGCUAACUUAGCUGCUGCAGAUUUCUUUGCUGGAAUAGCCUAUGUAUUCCUGAUGUUUAACACUGGCCCGGUCUCAAAAACUUUGACUGUCAACCGCUGGUUUCUCCGCCAGGGGCUCCUGGACACAAGCCUGACUGCCUCCCUGGCCAAUUUGCUGAUUAUUGCUGUCGAGAGGCACAUGUCAAUCAUGAGGAUGCGGGUCCACAGCAACUUGACCAAAAAGAGGGUGACACUGCUCAUCUUGCUGGUGUGGGCCAUUGCCAUUUUCAUGGGGGCAGUCCCAACACUAGGAUGGAAUUGCCUCUGCAACAUCUCAUCCUGCUCAUCCCUGGCCCCCAUUUACAGCAGGAGUUACCUCAUUUUCUGGACCGUGUCCAACCUCCUGGCCUUCUUCAUUAUGGCGGUGGUAUACCUGCGCAUCUACAUGUAUGUCAAGAGGAAGACCAACGUAAUGUCUCCACAUACAAGUGGCUCCAUCAGCCGCCGGCGGGCUCCCAUGAAGCUAAUGAAGACAGUGAUGACUGUCUUAGGCGCUUUUGUGGUGUGCUGGACCCCAGGCCUGGUGGUGCUGCUGUUGGACGGCCUAAACUGCACGCAGUGUGGCGUGCAGCACGUGAAGCGCUGGUUCUUGCUGCUGGCGCUGCUCAAUUCUGUCAUGAACCCCGUCAUCUACUCCUACAAGGACGAGGAAAUGUACAGCACCAUGAAGAAGAUGAUCUUUUGCUCCUCACACAACAGCCCAGAGAGGCGCCCUUCCUGCAUCCCCUCCACGGUCCAGAACAGGAGCGACACGGGCAGCCAGUACGUGGAGGACAGCAUCAGCCAGGGCACAGUGUGCAACAAAAAUAGCUCCUAAGGCAAUGAUGCCUCUGCCCGCUACCCUGGGGAAAGAGCCAUUAAACAGCCUUGCCUG